AUGCCUGGCUCUGGCGGGGAGUGGUGGAUGGGGGGUUUGGCACUUGAGACCAGGCCUGGGCAGCAGGGGCAUGCUGGCUCCUACUGUGGGGGGCGGAGUUGGGAGCCUGCCUGCUACGUUCACACUCUUCUGGGUGACUCUGCACCCGGCACACACGUCUCUGUUCUGUCUGUAUAGAAAUACUACCCACCGGACUUCGAUCCUGCUAAAAUCCCAAAGCUCAAACUCCCAAAGGACCGACAGUAUGUGGUGCGGCUCAUGGCCCCCUUCAACAUGCGAUGCAAGACGUGUGGUGAAUACAUCUAUAAGGGGAAGAAGUUUAACGCCCGUAAGGAAACCGUUCAGAAUGAGGUGUACCUGGGACUUCCUAUCUUCCGCUUCUACAUCAAGUGCACGCGUUGCCUGGCAGAGAUCACUUUCAAGACAGAUCCUGAGAACACAGACUACACCAUGGAGCAUGGUGCCACUCGCAACUUCCAAGCUGAGAAGCUCUUGGAGGAAGAGGAGAAAAGAAUGCAGAAGGAGAGGGAAGAGGAAGAGCUCAACAAUCCCAUGAAGGUCCUGGAGAACCGAACCAAGGACUCCAAGCUGGAGAUGGAGGUUCUGGAGAACCUGCAGGAGCUGAAGGAACUCAACCAGCGCCAGGCAAACGUGGACUUUGAGGCCAUGCUGAAGCAGUACAAGGAGUACGAGGAGGAGCAGAAGCGCAAGGAGCAAGAGGAGGAUGAGCAAGAGAUGAAAGCUAUGCUGGAGCAGGCCCAGAACCGGCGACUGCUGGUAGACUCCGACUCUGACGAAGAGCCUGCGAAAUCACGCACGAAGCCUGUGGCGAAAAUUAAACCUACGGACAUCUUGCAGGAGGAUCCUCAGCCCCAGAGUAAGAAGCUGAAAACCGAGAGCUGGGAGCGAAGUGUGGGCAAAUUGAACACCAAGCCCCAGCUGGCCGGGCUGGUCACAGUGAAGAAGCGGAAGCCAGGUCCUGCCCUGGCUAAUGGGACAGAGAACCAAGGCACCACGGCCAAUGCUGGCUCGUUUCCCACAGCAACGGGCACCACGUCCUCUCUCGGCUUGUUGGGGGUGUAUUCGGACAGCGAGGACAGCGCGAGUGACUGA